AGCCAAUCAGGGAGCUCGGAGGUGAUGUCAUGGCGAGAGCCCAGCAGUGGUGCUGAUGUUGAGAGAAGCCCAGGGUACCACUAAUUGAGGGAGUGAGAGGAGAGCAGCUCGCUUCGGAAACCGGACUGCAGGGUUGUGAUAGUGUUCUGAGCUGGUGAUAGACCCUCUCUGCGACUUUCAGUCAGCUUCAGCCACCAAAUCCCUGCCUGCCAACAUGACCCUUGCAGCCUAUAAGGAGAAGAUGAAGGAGCUCCCGCUGGUGUCUCUGUUCUGUUCCUGCUUCCUGGCCGAUCCCCUGAAUAAAUCGACCUACAAAUAUGAAGGCUGGUGUGGGAGACAGUGUAGGAGGAAAGGUCACAGCCAGCGGAGAGACAGUGCUGACUGGACAGAAAGAAGAGAACAGGCAGACACAGUGGACCUGAACUGGUGCGUCAUCUCUGACAUGGAAGUCAUCGAACUGAACAAAUGCACUUCAGGCCAGUCCUUUGAAGUCAUUCUGAAGCCACCAUCCUUCGAUGGGGUGCCUGAGUUCAAUGCCUCCCUCCCUCGUCGGCGAGACCCAUCACUGGAAGAGAUUCAGAAGAAACUAGAAGCAGCCGAGGAGAGAAGGAAGUACCAGGAAGCUGAGCUCCUGAAGCAUCUAGCAGAGAAACGAGAACAUGAGCGAGAGGUGAUCCAGAAAGCCAUUGAAGAAAACAACAACUUUAUCAAGAUGGCGAAGGAGAGACUGGCCCAGAAGAUGGAGUCCAAUAAAGAGAACCGGGAGGCCCAUCUGGCCGCCAUGUUGGAACGCCUGCAAGAGAAGGAGCCGCCUGCUGCGCGGUGACUCCCGGGACCGAUCGGUGGCCUCGUCCCAUGGACAAGCACGCGGAAGAGGUGCGGAAAAACAAGGAGCUGAAGGAAGAGGCCUCUAGGUAAAGCCAGAGGCCAAAGAAGUUUCCAGGACAGCCGGACAGCUCCCGCAGCGACCCGGUUCCAGCAGCCUCAGCCGGUGGCUGCUCUCCCAGCACUGGGGUUUGGGGGGAGGGGGGGUGGCCAAGGGGCAUUUCCUCUGCUUUUGGUGUUUGUACAUGUAAAGAUUGACCAGUGAAGCCAUCCUAUUUGUUUCUGGGGAACAAUGAUGGGGUGGGAGAGGGGACGGAAGGAGAGAGUGUGGAAAGGGAUGUGGAGAAGAGCUCAUGGACAUUGUGACACUGCCCACCGGCCGCAGACUCAAGCCAAGGCCCCCGCUUGUCAUGAUUCUUCCUGGACAUCCGGCCUCCAGGUUCCACGUGGAGAGAAGAUGAGAACCGGGGCGGGGCAGAAGUUCAGAGUGAAGGGCAGAGUCCUGGUGGGGUGGUGGCCACAGGGCCAUGAGGACAAGCCCAUCAGGAUGGGUGUGUGGGACCUGCCCUGCAGCAGGUGGGAUGCAGUCUGUGUGUGUUAAUCAUCAUCUUUUGAUCAUCAUGACCAAUGAAACAUUUA